CGGGUCUUCGCGGAAUGCGGGUGGGAAAAACAUAAGGCCAGCUGACUUCACGAGUUGUGCUGUUACUUCCUCAUUUUUCUGAAUUAUCUGUAUUUUAAUAACUAAGUAACACUUUGUCGUUGUUCAAAUAAUAUAACUGACUAUUCACAGUGACGUGGUCAUUUUUAAACAUAACUACUCUACGACUUCCGACUAAAUAAACUAAACUUCUCUGACUGGCUAAUGCUAAGCUAACACCGUCGCCAUGGCACCUCUCCGGGUUCUGUGCAUCCAUGGUUACCGUCAGAACAGCAGCUCGUUCCGGGAGAAGACGGGAGCUCUGCGGAAGCUGCUCAAGAAACAAGUGGAGCUUGUUUACAUGAGCGCACCACUCAGUGUACAACAUGUUAAUAGUGAAGUUCCAGACAAGGAGAGUGGACCUGGACCCGGACCCGGAGGUGACGAGGACCACAGGGGUUGGUGGUUUUCUGACACCCAGGCUCGGAGUUUCAGUGCUCAGCAGCAGUGUGAGGAAAGCCUGGGGCUCGACGAGAGUGUGACGGCCGUGAUAGAAGCUGUGAAGGGUCAAGGUCCGUUCGACGGCAUCCUCGGCUUCAGCCAGGGAGCGGCUUUCGUGGCGAUGCUGUGUUCUCUGCAAGAGCAAAAACUGGAGCCAGAGUUCUGCUUCCACUUUGCCAUCCUUGUCGCUGGUUUUCGUAGCGCGUGUAAAGAACACCAACAAUUCUACGACGGCCCCGUCCAGAUCCCCUCCCUGCAUGUGUUUGGACUGGAGGAUCGUGUCAUCCCUGAUAACAUGAGCAGGGAGCUCCUCCCCUCCUUCCAAGACCCUCAGGUCCUGACGCAUCCCGGUGGCCAUUUUGUCCCGGCCGCAUCUGCUCACAGACAAACUUACCAGGACUUUCUCAAGAGGUUCCAGUGAGAAAAAAUAAAGUCACAGAAACUGGAGCUACAAUCCAUGAAGAAGACUUAAGCACUUAAAUGAGGACAGAGAAUGUUGAUUAUAUAAUGCUCAGACACAUCUUGUGAGAACAUAAUUGAUUCCAGAGGCACGUGGCGUAAAAAUACCAAGUUCAGAGUCAUGACCUUUGUACUCUGGAUGUCAUCUGAUCCAUCCAAAACAAUCCUGCUGUUCUUCUCAGGGAAGAUGUUGUCUUGUAAGAGAUAAUAAAUAAGAUAACUGUUUACUACACAAAUUCUGGUCUCAGUUUCUUUUUCUUUUAUCUUUUAUUGAACCUUUAUUGGCUUACUACAACACAUGAAGAUGAGAUCAUGACAUCACUAACAACCUUAUAAAAUAUUUUGGAAUAUAUGAGACAUUUUAAUUUGUCAUAAGCAGUGUACCUAAUGACAUUUACACAGGCUUGUUUUUAAUUACACCGAUUACUUUCCUUACUGUCUACAUAUCUGCUGUGAAAAGGACCAAUUAGAAGCAAAUGUUUUAGCACUUUCAUCUUAUUCCACAUGGACAUGAUAAUUAAAUCAAUCUCAGCGGGUCAAUCCAUUUUUGAAAUA